GUAAAGUUCCAAACCUUCACCAACCUUUUCACUCAAUUAUUUGGGUGUAAGCAAUUCCUGUAUUCUACAUGUGUUAGUUGAGAACCAAAAACCACUUUAUGUGACUCAAUCCAACAACCACUUGCAUUGUCAUUUGCCACCAACCCCCAUACCCUCUCCUCACAAAACCCCUCUCAUUGCAUACAUUGACAAAAAACAAAAACAACCUCAUUUCAAAGAGACAGACCCUUCACAGAAUAAGAUCCAGGAACUGAGUGCAGAGCGCAAGGUGUACGGCUUUAAGGAAGAUUGAAAUGGCCCAGGUGAGCAGAGUGCACAAUCUUGCUCAAAGCACUCAAAUUUUCGGUCAUUCUUCCAAUCCCAACAAACCCAAAUUGGUGAAUUCAGUUUCGUUGAGGCCACGCCUUUGGGGGUCCUCAAAAUCUCGGAGUCUCAUUCAUAAAAAUGGAAGCGUUGUGGGAAAUUGCAAUGUGGGUAUGAGAAAUUCCGGCGUGUUUAAGGUUUCUGCCUCUGUCGCCGCCACGGAGAAGCCGUCGACGGCGCCGGAGAUUGUUUUGGAACCCAUUAAGGAAAUCUCGGGUGCCAUCACAUUGCCAGGGUCUAAGUCUCUGUCCAAUCGAAUUCUGCUUCUGGCUGCUCUAUCUGAGGGAACAACUGUUGUAGACAACUUGUUGUAUAGCGAGGAUAUUCAUUACAUGCUUGGUGCAUUAAGGACCCUCGGACUACGUGUGGAAGAUGACAAAACAACCAAGCAAGCAAUUGUGGAAGGCUGUGGGGGAUUGUUUCCCACUGCUGGAGAAUCUAAAGAUAAAAUCAAUUUAUUCCUUGGUAAUGCUGGUACUGCAAUGCGUCCUUUGACAGCAGCUGUUGUUGCAGCUGGUGGAAAUGCAAGCUAUGUACUUGAUGGAGUGCCUAGAAUGAGAGAGAGGCCAAUUGGUGAUUUGGUUGCUGGUCUGAAGCAGCUUGGUGCAGAUGUUGAUUGCGUCCUUGGCACAAACUGUCCGCCUGUUCAUGUGAAUGGGAAGGGGGGACUUCCUGGUGGUAAGGUGAAACUGUCUGGAUCAGUUAGCAGUCAAUACUUGACUGCUUUGCUUAUGGCAGCUCCUUUAGCUCUUGGAAACGUGGAAAUUGAGAUUGUUGAUAAACUGAUUUCUGUUCCAUAUGUUGAUAUGACUCUUAAGUUGAUGGAGCGGUUUGGAGUUUAUGUCGAACACAGUGGUAAUUGGGACAGGUUCUUGGUCCAUGGAGGUCAAAAGUACAAGUCUCCGGGCAAUGCUUUUGUUGAAGGUGAUGCUUCAAGUGCCAGUUACUUCCUAGCUGGUGCAGCAAUCACUGGGGGGACUAUGACUGUUGAGGGCUGUGGCACAAGCAGUUUACAGGUAUUCAUGGUGUUUUCUUAUUUUAUGGCUUUUAUUGUACCAUUCCUAAUUCAAUGCAUGUCUUUUAUUGUCCUUACUCCCAAAAACUAGAUAGUUGUAUCCUCA